AAUUAACCACAAACCAAAACAUCUCCAGAGACACUUAAUCUCACAUCAGUUCAGAGGAGCCUUUUGGAUUUAGCCACUCAAAAAUUAAAUAGCAGUACACACUUCAGCACUGUCGCUCUUUUAACACUCUGUUGCAGUUCAGGAACUGUAAGAUUAUUUUUCAGAAACACGACCAUUAUCUUGCAGAAAAGAUGACAUUUAUUGGCUUAUUUUUCUUCUGUAUGCUGAUGAAUAUACUCACAGAUGCCCGAUCAAUCCGGGAUGGAGAUGCUCUAUACCGGGAACCUGUAGCCUUGCCGUACUGGCCCUUCUCAUCCAGUGAUUUCUGGUCCUACGUGGAGUAUUUCCGAACCCUGGGAGACUACAACAGGAUCAAUGAAAUGGCCACAGCCCUCUUUGCCCAGUUCCCUUUUGGGAGCCACCUUGGCUAUCACGUGCCCAACCACGAGCACUAACUGCUUCGCCCAUGUUUGCUGAAGUCAGUGUCUUGGCAGUGUUGGAUGAGUGGUUGGAUUUGAUGAUCUUAAACGUCUUUUCGAACCAAAAUGAUUGCAGUGUUUCUAAGAUGUUUAAGUGAAUACAUGGCUGCCAGCAAAUGCACCUGAACUGCCACUUAUUAACACUUACAGCAGUCACAUGCAGCAUUUCAUCCUUUAAUUUUGCCUUUUCUUUUUUCCCAUUUAUGCUUUCACAUGAAGUCAAUAAAUUCCUUGAUUCUGUUGCA